GUAUCUCUCCAGCUGUAUUCCAACAUGAAGUUCUUCGUUCUCGUGGCUAUCGCUUUUGCUCUGCUCGCUUGCAUGGCGCAGGCUCAGCCCGUUUCCGAUGUGGAUCCGAUUCCGGAGGAUCAUGCCCUGGUGCAUGAGGAUGCCCACCAGGAGGUGGUGCAGCACAGCCGCCAAAAGCGAGCCACCUGCGACCUACUCUCCAAGUGGAACUGGAACCACACCGCCUGCGCCGGCCACUGUAUUGCCAAGGGGUUCAAAGGCGGCUACUGCAACGACAAGGCCGUUUGCGUUUGCCGCAAUUGAUUUAGUUUCGCUCUGUGUCACAAAUGAAACAAAACGUUGCAAAACUCUAUAUAUAAUUGGAUCAUUUUAAUCAAUAAAUAUUACAGAAAUCCCUAGCAUAA